AUGGCGCAGCACAAGGCCGACUUCGCCAUGUUCGACCGCAGCAUCGUCAAGGACGGCGCCAACAGCGAGAUGUCGGCUCCCAGCCUCAUGAGCCCGGUCUCCGGCUUCUCGAGCGAGACCGGGUCCUCCUUCUUCUACGGCGGCCGCGGCGGCUACGCCACCGGACGGCCAGCGCCUCCCUACUCGGCCACACUACGCACGAACUUCACGUCGGCCGCCAACGACCAGAGCGGCGGCAUGGCAGGAGGGAGACCCAACUCGAUGCUGCCGCCCCCAGCCGCUCAGGACGACGCGUCCGAGUCACCCGACGCCGCGUUCCGACACUUCCGCACGCCCGCACACGACCCCAGCCUGCCUUUCUCGGGCUUCGCAGUUGCAGCUUCGCCGGCGUACGGCCGCGCGUCGAAGCGCAGCAUGCUGCUCGUCAUUGUGGCGAUCGUCGUCGGCAGCGCCGUGGGUGUGCUGCUCAAGCACUUCGACGUUGACCCGACAGUGGCAGAGUGGGUCAUGACACCAGGCAACCUCUUCGUGCGAGCGGUGCAGUGUGUGGUGGUGCCCAUGGUGCUCGUCAACCUCGUGGUUGCCACGGCGGACAUCACGAGUAGAGGCUUGGGUAAGCGAGUCGGACUUCGCGUGACGCUAGUCCUGCUUGUGUCGAUCAUUGCUGCUAUUCUGCAGGGAAUGCUGACGGGUGUCAUCAUGCACUCGGUGUUCACCUCGUACCAGAAUGAGGAGUCGAUAUCCACCACGGACCCCAUUUUCGGCAUUCAGUGUGGCAACGGCAAGUACCUGGCGGCAGACGAGAAGGGCGCCGUGACCUGCUCGGCGACAGAGGUUACUGGUACAUCGCAGUUUGCCCUGGCCGACGUCAACAGCGCGCUCGUGCGCAAUGAGGCGCUGACAGGAACAAACUCGUCGCUGUCGGACAACGUACUGAGCAUCAUCGACCAAGUCGUGCCCGACAACAUCAUGGCUGCCUUCAUCUCAAAUACGUUGCUCAGUAUCGCUGCCUUUUCGCUGCCGCUCGGAGCUACGAUCGCGUACAGUUUCCACGGACCGACGAAUCUCAACCCGCUGCUGGAGUUUUCCCGUGAGGUGAACGAGACGCUUGUGCACAUGGUCCACUGGAUCCUACGGUUCACGCCCUUUGCGGUGCUAAGUCUGCUUGCAGGCUCUCUAGCCAAGUCGUUGGAAGACUCGGUAUCUGACCAUCCGCUUCGCCUGGUUUUGGUGGUUGUUGCAGUGUUGGCCGUGAGUGUCCUAGUGCACAUGCUGGUGAUAGUUCCAGCAGUUUUCGUGGUGGUCACUCGGCGCAACCCUUUCCGCUUCAUGCGCCAAAUGCUACCGGCGUACGUGUACAGCCUCGGCUGCUCGUCGUCCAUGGCUACGAUGCCGCUGAGUCUGCAGUGUACGGAAACCACCCGGGAAGUCCCGUGCCCCAUCAUGCACUUCGUGCUAUCUGUGGGGACGUCGCUGCACAUGCCUGGAACGGCCAUCUAUCUGGCUGUGCUGGUGCACUUCAUGGCUGAUGUCGCUGGUGUCGCUGGUGCGCAGUCAACUACUGCCAUGCUCACUACUUUCCUCGGUGUCUUUUUGUGCACACUCACGGCACCUCCGAUUCCGUCGGGAGCGCUUACUGUGCUCACUGCUGCCUGGAACAUCGUGUUCCCUGACGCUGCAAUCCCGGACAGCCUGUACGCGCUCGUGGUGGCCUCGGAUGUGUUUCUGGACCGCCUUGUCACGCUCUGCAACGUGAGCGCGCAAGCCAUGCUCUGCCGUGUCGUAGCUGACCAGGUCGAAGUGAAGGAGCCUGGAAACGGCCCGCGUGCGCAGGUUCAGCAGUACGCUUCAUGGUAAAGUAGCCAGUCGUAGUCAUGAUUCACUAAUACAUAUUUGCAGUCGG